CCAACCUCUCUGCAGCCACGAAAAGCAAAACCAGUGAAGACAUCGCACAGUCAUCCAAGUAUAGCCCUGCCUACUCCCCAGACCCGUACUACCACUCCGAGUCGGAGUACUGGUCCUUCCAAGGCUCUCCCAAAGCCCCCCGGGCCCGGAGGUUCUCAUCGGGAGGCGAGGAGGAUGGGUAUGACCGGGGCAUGCACAAGAUCCAGAGCGGCAUCGGCAGGCUGAUCCUCCGGGAGGAGAUGAAGGCUCGGUCCAACUCCUACGCAGACCCCUGGACGCCGCCUCGCAGCUCAGCCAGCAGCAGAGAAGCCCUGCACACGGCUGGCUACGAGGGCUCCCUCAACGGCUCUCCCCGGACACACUACCUGGCAGACAGCGAUCCCCUCAUUUCGAAGUCGGCCUCCCUUCCUGCCUACAGGAGGAAUGGGCUGCACAGGCCUCCCAGUGCCGAGCUUUUCCACUAUGACAGCACGAACGCCGUCAACUGGGGGAUGCGAGAGUACAAGAUAUACCCCUAUGAGCUGCUCCUGGUGAAGACGAGGGGGAGGAACCAGCUGCCCAAAGAUGUGGACAGGACUCGGUUAGAGCGUCACCUCUCCCAGGAGGAAUUCUACCAGAUCUUCGGCAUGACCAUCGCCGAGUUCGACCGCCUGGCCCUGUGGAAGAGGAACGAGCUGAAGAAGCAGGCCCGGCUGUUUUAAAUGCAGUGCACUAUAAAUAUAUACAUACCUAUAAAUAUAUACAUAGAAAGA